UAUAGUUUACAGAGCAGCGGUGAGUGGACACCAACAGCAGAGUUGUAGCCGCGGAGCCGCUAACAGCCUGUUCAUGUAAACAACACUGGAGAAUGUGAAGUUUUCUCUGAUAGACACUCUCCUUCUGUCUCACCAUGACGCAGCCGGCGGAGAAAGCGUAUUACCGCUUUGUGGUGCUGUUCUUCAACUGUCUGCUGACGUUCGGCUCCUACUUCUGCUUCGACAUCCCCAGUGUUUUACAGGAUCAGUUCCAAGGGAACCUAACAUGUCCCAAUGCAACGGUGAUCAAUGGGACAGUGGACUGUGUGGAGGGAUUGGGGAUGAACCCUCAGCAGUACAAUCUUCUGUAUGCCAUCUAUGCUUGGACGAACGCAGUAGUGGUGAUCAUGGCUGGGUUCCUGAUUGACAAAUUAGGAAACCGCUUUGGAGUGUUUUUGUUCUCUUUCCUGUGCGUUCUGGGCUCGUCACUGUUUGCACUGGGCUCCCACUUCAAAGGAACGCCCUACCUGCUGCCGCUCAUGCUCACAGGUCGACUGCUGUUCGGAUCAGGCAAUGGAUCUCUGACCAUUGUUCAGAACCGCAUCACAGCCUUCUGGUUCAAAGGGAAGGAGCUGGCCUUGGCUUUCGGUCUGACCCUGGCUUUCUCUCGCCUGGGGUCAGUCCUGAACUUCUUCCUCACUCAGAGGUUUGAAGAAAGUUAUGGCAUGCAGUGGACACUCUGGGGUGGUACACUGUUGUGUGUGCUGGGCUUUGUGUCUGCUGUUAUAGUCAGUGCCCUGGACAAGAUCGGUAUGAGGCAGCUGGGUCUUGAUGGCACCAUCCAAGAGCAGUCCCGCAAAGUGAGGGUUCAGGAUGUGAAGCUCCUGUCGCUAAGAUACUGGCUGCUGGUUCUCACCAUCAUGUUCUUCUACAACGGCAUCUUUCCGUUCAUCGCAGAUGCAAGUAAAUUCAUUCAGGAUAAGUACAGCGGCUACAGUCAGAAAGAGGCGGCCUAUAUCGCAGGGGCGGUUUACGACAGCUCGCUUGUCCUCUCAGCCAGCGUGGGCAUUCUCAUAGAUUAUGUGGGUCUGCGGGGCAUUUUUGCAGUGGCCUGUGCCGUCCUCACGCUGCCUGUAUUUGGACUCCUGGCCUUCAGCUUUGUCCCUCCUCUCGUCUCCACCAUAUGGCUGGGAGUCACCUACUCCUUUGCUGCUGCAAGCAUGUGGCCGUCUAUUCCCCUCGUGGUGCCUCAGGCCACUCUGGGAACAGCCAUGGGUCUGGCCACCUCCAUACAGAUGAUUGGGAUUGGGGUGUCCAAUCUGAUCGUUGGGCAGAUUUUGGGCACCAAGUCAAGUGAGACUAAAAUCCCAUUGUGGCGCUGGCAGAGGAUGAUGAUCUUCAUGUUGGCCAACACCAUCAGCUGCAUUGUCACCUCAGUGCUGCUCAACAUUGUUGACCACAGACAGGGCGGGACCCUGAAUAAGACAACCAAGAGGUCAGGGCAGGCAGAGAGAGACUCCGACAGAGAGCCGCUCAACCAGGCAGAGGAAGAGCAGAACGAGGAUGAGGAGGAUGAGGCGGUCAGAUCUCAUUCUGUCAACUCUUAAGUUUUAUAGAUAUUUUGCUCAAUUUUGAAUAUUUCUCUUUUUAUAAAUCAGUCACUUUUGUCACAUGUAAUCAUAUCAGGUAAAAAGCUAAAAAAGAGUUUAAAUAGACUAGAAACAGUAAUAAAUGUAUGUGUAUGAUCUGGGGAGAGACAGGGAGAAAAGGCCGCUAUCUGGGCCUUAUUCAAGCAGCACCUGGUGUAAACAUCCUUUAGGCAGGGCCUUGCGGUCGUGGAAUCUCAAAAUAACGGCAUACAGUCAUGAUGUACCAUCAUUGUAUACACCACUACAAGAUCUCUUCAUCAUCUGGAAGGCUUUGAACACUCUUAUGCACACAGGCCUGUUACUAGAACACUUCCAAUAGCACAUAGCUGUAACAUUAGGCCAUUUACAUUAUCCAGUGUGCUCCCCAUUAUUAUACAUCUCUCUUUUCCUUCGUUUGAGGUUUGAAUGGUGCUUUUUCUUUUAUUAGCAUCAUUUCGUUGCGUCCUCUCCUGCAGUGGGACCCAACUGAAGACUUAGCACCACCUACUCUUAUCUUGAUGAACCAACUCCCAAUAUCUGCAAAACAGUAGUGGAUGAAAAAGCACGUCUUUUGCCAAAUUAAAUUUGCACUAGAAUUGCCUUUCUCACCACUAAGCAAGUACACAGCUCCCAGGUCAGACCCUCAAUGAUGUUGACACAAUGGUACUCGAACCUCUCCACCAAGGACCUGUGUAGUUUCUUUCCUGUUUCUUCCCAAUGCCCACUCUGAGUUCCCUAGUCUUGCUGAUGUCGAGGAGUAGGUUGUUGUCCUGACAUCAGCGGGUUUCUACUUUUAUAUUUUUUAAAUGUACCAGUUUCCAAAUUGGACUUUGUUUAUUGCAUGCCUCAUUGAAACCUCACUGCCUUUCCAUACUGUGUCUGUGGUUACUACAGUAGAAAUGCAGCAGUUUAAUGAAUCAGAACAAAUCUUUGUUGAGCAGUAUUUACACCCAAAUAGUAUCAUUAUGUUAUAUAAAGUAUGAACCAGGUAUUACAGGUUUCUUUCAGUUAUACUGGUAAUAAGGGGAAAAAAUAUAAUUCCACAAAAAAAAAAAAAAAAAAAAUCAAAUUGUCUCUUUAAAGGAGGGGUAGACGACAUUCAGAAAAACUCAGUUAGUCUGAGCCAGGAUUGUCUGCACAUGGCUCUCAACAUGGAAGUGGCUGCUAAUGGUGCUAACAGCGCAAUAAGUGCUAACAGCUACAUCAAUGUAGGGGGGUGUGGGCUUUUGCGACAAUGGCGUCCUUCAAAUGUGGGUCGGGACAGUGGUGAGUGACAGCUGUAACUGCCAUACGUGCGAAGUGGAGAGAGGCGGGAUUAGCUAGCCAGUGGGAUGUACACACAGGGACUCACAUGCACUAACAUGCAGCCGAACAGCAACGAACAACGAACAGAGAAAUUCGUAUUAAAACACACACAGAGAGCGUGAUUUCAUUCUCUGCUCAGGACGCCAUUACUCCACUAUAUCUUUACAUGGCAAAUAGUAUGUGUAAAUGUUAUAUACAGAACCUUUAACCUUUCAAUUGUACUGCCGUUACUGACUGUGUCAAUCUUUCUGAGGUCACUAAAUAAUUUUAAAGCCAUGUUAAAAAAUG